AUGGAGUGGAAUAAUGAAAAAGUGUUAGAUUUAAUUGAGAUGCACGAAUAUCAACCGGUACUACGGUUCCCGCAGGACCCGAAGUAUUAUAGCGAUAAAUUUGCGAAAUUCGAUGCUCGGGAAGAGUUGGCGGCUUGUAAAUCGGUAGGAGACGUCGCGCACGAUGACGGUACGCGAGAACAAAACGGUGAAUGUACGACGGAUGGACCGGCGAACAGCCGGUCCAGAGCAGUGCUCGGCCCUAAACGUACACGCCGGUCGUUUGCGACACGUAACAAUCAGGCGAGCACGGAUCCUUCGGCACGACUGUAG